CGCCCGGCGCCCGCCCCCGCCCGGCCUCCAGGACCCACCCGGACCUCGGCGGGGACAUGGAGGUCCUGGUGGCAGGUACCACGUCCCAGCAGGAACGGCUGCAGGCCAUCGCGGAGAAGCGGAAGCGGCAGGAGGAGAUCGAGGCCCGGCGUCGGCAGCUGGAGGAGGACCGCCGGCAGCUGCAGCACCUGAAGUCCAAGGCGCUGCGGGAGCGCUGGUUGCUGGAGGGGACGCCACCCUCGGCCUCGGCCGGGGACGAGGACAUGCGGAGGCAGAUGGAAGAGGACCAGCACAAGGCCCAGCGGCUGGAGGUGUCCAUCUGCAGGCUGGAGAAGGAGAUCGAGGCGCUGGAGAACGGAGACGCAGCCCCCGGCCCCCCAAGGGAGAGCUCGGCAGCCCCCAGCCCCGCCCGAGCCCCGGCCCCCAGCCCAGCUAAGGAGCCGCCCGAGGCGGAGGUGGUGUUGAAUUCACAGCAGACCCCGCUGGGCACGCCCAAAGCAGAGCAGCGCCUCUCCUGCACCCCAGUGAGGACGGCUGAUGGCUCCACCAUGAUGAAGGCAGCCAUGUACUCGGUUGAGAUCACGGUGGAGAAGGACAAGGUGACGGGGGAGACCAGGGUGCUGUCCAGCUCCACCCUGCCCCCUCGGGGGCCGCUCCCCCAGGGCAUCAAAGUCUACGAGGACGAGACCAAAGUGGUCCACGCUGUGGAUGGCACCGCUGAGAACGGGAUCCACCCGCUGAGCUCCUCCGAGGUGGACGAACUCAUCCACAAAGCAGACGAGGCCGCGCUGAGCGAGGCGGGGUCCGUGGCCGCGGCCGCAGAGACCCGGGGGGCCACAGAGGAGGCCGCGCAGAGCACGCCGUCCCGGCGGGAGAUCACCGGAGUGCAGGCGCAGCCAGGCGAGGCCACGUCCGGCCCUCCGGGCAUCCAGCCCGGCCAGGAACCCCCGGUCACCAUGAUCUUCAUGGGCUACCAGAACGUGGAGGACGAGGCUGAAACCAAGAAGGUGUUGGGGCUGCAAGACAGCAUCACCGCCGAGCUGGUGGUCAUCGGCGACGCCGCGGAGCCCGCUCCGCCCAACGGCAGCGCCGCGGAGCCGCCGGCCACCGCCAGCCCCGGCGAGGAGAGCCAGGCGGCGCCCGAGACCCCCGCCAGCGACCCCCAGGACCUCGACAUGAAGAAGCAGCGAUGCAAAUGCUGCUCCGUCAUGUGAGCCGCCCGGCCCCGGCCCCCCGGCCCCCGCCCUCCCAUCCAGACCCCACCAGCCCGGCCUGCCCGGCCCCUGCCCCUCGUGGGGAAGGGGGCAGGGGCCCCGCCCGUCACACCUGACACACGCCCCAACCACUGACCCGUGCACCUGCACCUGGGAGGAGGCGGGACAGGCCCGCCCUGGCAGCUUCACAGACGUGGCUCCCCCCCGGGCCCCCCACCUGUGCCUUUCGGCCACCCCUGAGCAGUCUGGGGGCUCCCCAGCAGAGGCACUGGCCCCCCAACCCAGGGCAUCGGGGUGAGGCCAUGGCUCUUUGGUGGCUCUGGGUCUUGGAAUGCAGGGUGGAUCCUGGUGGACACCCCCAGCCUGCUGUGCCCCCCCCCACUCUCUCUGGGCCUGGCCAGUGCACAGUGGGGCUGAGGGCAUGGGGGAGCCCCCCAGAGGGUCUGCAGCCCCCAGGCUGCCUUCUAGAUGGGCAGGCCCCCUGCACAAGGCAGGGACCAUGCAAGCUCCCGCCCUAUGGGACCGCCCCUCCCUCCUGGUGCUAAUUUGGAGAUCUCCGGGGGGCUGCCCUGGCCAUUCCUUCAUUGCUUGGACCAGGGUCCUGGGCCCCACCCUGGGCCGUGCUGGGCUUAGAGUGUUUCUGGGCCAUGGGGGGAGGGACCCAGCCUAGAGCCGGGAGGAGGGCCCCACUCGUCCCCGCCCCUCCUGGGGGACACGGCCGACACUCAGCUGUGCACAGCCACACCCGUCCUCAGAGGCACAUUCAUGGCCCUGCUCGCCCCCUUAUGCAGGCUGGCUGUGGACCGCCAGGCCCUGUGCCCCGGGCACCCUCUGGCCCGGGCGCCGCCCGCAGCCUCGGCAGGGCCUGGGUCCCAGGCUCAGCUGUGCUCCUCGGAGGUUGGGAGGAGGGGCCCUCUCUGGGGUGACCCGGGUGGAGGCCGUGGGACCCCACCUCUUGCUCCCAAGCCCACCCGGGCCCCUUGAGCCCUGAGCCUGCCCUGAAGCGCCCUUGCGACCCUCUUCUGCUUUCGAUGUGUGCGAGGCCCUGCUGUUCUUGACCUUCCCAGAGACGCAAAUAAACAGCGUGAACAGC